AUGUCAAUCUUACCAACACAAUCAAAGUACUACUCCGAAAGUGUACCGUACAAACCCCCCGCCGAGAAAGUAACCCACCUCCGCUUCUACCUCCACGACAUCCUGAGCGGGAAAAAUCCGACCGCCGUCAAAAUUGCCGGAGCAAACACCACCGCCAGAGGCGGCCCAACGCCGUUCGGCGACACGCUGGCCAUCGACGACCCGCUCACGGAGGGCCCGGAGACCAAGUCGAGGGUGGUGGGGAACGCACGUGGGAUUUACGUAUCGUCGAGCCAAGGCGAGAAGCCGACACUUGUACUGUACGUCGACUUAGGGUUCACGUCCGGUAAAUUCAAUGGGAGCUCGUUGAGCGUUUUCUCCCGGAAUCCGAUAACCGAGACAAACCGUGAGUUGGCAGUGGUCGGGGGGAGGGGUCAGUUCCGAUUCGCGAAGGGUUUUGUGCUCGUGAAAACUCACUCGCUCGAUACAAUUAGCGGUGAUGCUGUGCUCGAAUACAACGUUGAGGUCGUGCAUUAUUGA